GGAGACGACCUGCUGCUAUGACUUCCUCAACAUCAGGAAAUAUCGCAGCAGCUGUCGCUCUCACAUUGCUGGCAGUUCAGCCCAGAAAAUGGCCACCCUCAGCCUCAGCAGGUUGCGUUUUCAGAGGUGCUUCAUAUUAUUGCUGUCCAUAACCUUCAUUGUGUUUGCCACUGUUUUUGCUUUUGGCUUCCGCGCUGAGUCGUCCAAGGUGUGGUUCCACAAUUUUGCCAAGUUAAUCACAUUUCAAAAAGUCAGAAAUCGAACAUUAAUAAAUAUGGCCUGUCUCACGAGACACGACAGAACAAUCAAACAACUGAUGUCCGAUGCCAAACACACCACAAACAGACAUAACGUGACGGACAUGCUCAGUAUGGAGUCCAUGACGGCUGUUCCAGUGAAAGUCGCGUCAUCCAUCUGUUACCAUGAAGCGCAUCCACACAACUACGGCUUCAUCAUAGACGAGCCCCAUAAGUGUGAACAAGAGAACCCGUUUCUGGUUCUCAUGGUUCCAGUGGCUCCGCAUGAACUGGAGGCGCGCAACGCCAUCCGGAGAACAUGGGGUAAUGAGAGCGUGGUCCAAAACAAAAACAUCACGGUGUUCUUCUCACUGGGUCUGCCUGGGAUCAAGGCUGAGGAACAACAGGAGGAACUAAGGCUGGAAAGCCAGCAGUACCAUGACCUCAUCCAGAGUGACUUCAUGGACUCAUACCUCAACUUGACGAUAAAGACCAUGGUAAUCAUGGACUGGCUGGCCACACGUUGCCCACAGGCAUCCUACGCCAUGAAGGUCGACUCUGACAUGUUCUUGAAUCUGGAGAACUUGAUGAACUUGUUACUGGCACCUGAUACUCCUAAAGAAAACUAUAUUACAGGAAAGGUUAUGUGGAACGUACCGGUCAUCCGGGACAAGAACUCCAAGUGGUAUGUGCCAGAGGAAUUAUAUGAUGAAGACUACUACCCAACAUAUCCACUGGGUAUGGGUUAUGUCUUCUCCAAUGACCUUUCAAAGAAGAUUGUUGAGGUUUCGAAAGAAAUAAAGCCAUUUAACAUAGAGGAUGCAUAUGUGGGUGCCUGUCUGAAACUAAUAGGAAUUUCACCUUCAGACCCUCCCAAUCCCUCCCAGUUUAAGGACUAUUUUAGCGGUAAGUAUAAACCAGAAGAGUUUGCCAGUGUGAUCACCACCAUCCUUAACUCCCCACAGCAGCUGAUCACAUUCUGGCAGGACCUAAAGAGGCCUCCAUGAAGGACUUGGAGUUGAAAGACUCAUAACUGAUGAUAUUUGGGAUAUAUUUUGCUAACAUUUUCUUAUAAAACUCCUGUGUCUUCUCACAAUUUAAUGUAAUUAAAACUAGAAAUGCUGCUUCUAUAAGUCUUUAAUUACUCCAGACUAGUAUUUGAUGGAAUCACCUUCCACUUUAAUAAUAGCUUUCCACCAGCUUUGCACACUGUUUGGGAGAGAUUUUCACCUGUUCUUCCUGGUAAAUUUACUUCAUAUUGUUCAGGUUUGUUGGAUGGCACUUGAGGACUGCAGUUUUCAGAUAGAUUCACAAUUCAGCUGGACUUGACCAUUAUAGAACAUUCACCUUUUAGUUGUUCAGCCACUCCUGUUGUACUGUGUCCUUGUGUUUGGGAUCACUGUCCUGAAAAGUAAAAAUUCUCCCAAG